GCAAACAAAGUGCUCAUGCGGGAAAAUUAACUUACCGAACUUGUUAGGUAAAUAACUAUUUAUGGCGAGAAUUAAACACUGCAGUAUUUUCUCCUAUUUGUUGUAUGUUGGUUAUUGGAUCUGUUCAUUAUAUUUUGGUCUUUCCAUCUUAAUAUCUAAACUAAAUUGUUUCACGGUAACUAAGGAAAACUAUAUUUAUGUUGACAAUUCGUUGCGCAUCACCUCGUCAUAAAAAAAUUAAUGGCGUUUGGAAAGCCUCCCGAUGUCAAAGCUUUAAAGGUGACUCCCACUGUUGAAGAUCAAUUAUGGAAAGCGAACGUCAGAUGUGAGGAGGUUGCUUCGGAGGCAUGGAAAACUAAAUGGGGUUGGAUUUUAACCGAAUAUGGGAAGCUUCACGAAAAAAUGACAGAAGCGUCUAAAAACUCGGUGACGUUGCGCGUUAUUGCAAAGAAAUUGGUUGAAAACAGAAGUACAAAGCCUGUUCCCGUUACUGAGUCGAAUAAAAUCGGCUGGCUGGCUUCGCGUUCUGAAUUUAAAUUAGAAAAAUAUGGACCCGAUGUAUACAAAGGCAUGCCAUUUAUUAGUCUAAGUGGAGUUUAAAUAAAACUCCUUCUCUCCGUUUUUCCAACUCGUAAACAAAUUCCCUGUACUUUUUAUUUCAUUUUCAAACAUUUACAUUCGAUAUGCGUAAGGUUUUAAAUUUUGAAGCGUACGCCGUACGUGUGCUUGACACUACUGAAAUGUCUCAUUUUACUAAAUCCACUAAACAUUUCACGUUAAACGGUUUCUCAUUUGUACUACGUUAACACUAGAAAUUAAGUAAUUUUUAAAUGCCAUUAAAGUGCUUUUGCACGUGUACCUGCCA